GGCAGUUUCCAGAGCGACACAGGCCUUUACGGCGGGAAAACCGGCGUCAAGCAAAUUCUUACAGCUCCCUCUCAAUCACAUUCACGAAUGACUCCAGGCGGACAGACAUUUUUAUGCCUGAUGGGCUCAGUGAUUAGCAUAGCCAUUUGCAUUUGGCUAGCCGCUUUCAGUCGUGAACCCGGAUGGAGGAGGGCUGUAUUUGCGACAGGAGCCGCCUUGUGUGCUGUGAUGUUCGCAUUCCUCGCAGUUAUGACAAUUCGACGAGCAAAACAUCCUCCCGAACCAGAAGCGUUACCCGAUUUAUCGCAACGUCGUUCAACGAUUGGUGCUCGGGUCAGCAAGAAAUCUAUAGUGGCUGCGGGUCUUGGCGGUAGUGGAGGCGAUGAUUGUCCAACACAGGUGUGA